UUACAAAAUUGGAAACCGAUGCCGUUUUGAGAAUCGUAAAGUUCUCUGCUUUAGGUCAAUCUCUCUCUCUCUCUCUCGCCACGGCGACUCACUGUGUGGAGUUCGAUAGUUCAGACAAAAUCUCGAAGCUUUCAAAUUUGGGCAUCAUGACGGAGUAUAAGGAGGAACAGGAGAUGGAGAUUGAAGCUCUCGAAUCUAUUCUUGCUGAUGACUUCAAAGAGAUUCAUUCUAGUGAAAGUGGGCUUAAUACUUCAAACCGAUGCUUUCAGAUUACAGUGACUCCUCAGGAUGAUGAUCUAGAGGAGUCAUCAUCAAUUCCACCAGGUUACUACUACUCUUUUAAGAAUAAGAUCCCUUUGCUAUAUCAUAUGCUUCUUCUGUGGUUUUUCUCAGUCUUAGAUCUCUUAAUUUGUCUUGCAGUUCAGCUGGGUUUGGUUUUCUCCCACACAGAAAACUACCCGGACGAGGCACCUCUUUUGGAUGUUAAAAGUAUUCGAGGAAUCCAUGUUGGUGACCUCACCAUCUUAAAAGAGAAGCUUGAACAGGAGGCAACUGAAAAUCUUGGUAUGGCCAUGAUGUAUACAUUGGCCUCAUCAGCCAAAGACUGGUUGUCUGAACACUAUGGGCAAGAUGAUGGGGAUGACUAUGCCGAGGAAGAAGCCGCCAAAGAGGAUGAGGUUAUCGUUCCUCAUGGAGAACCUGUUACGCUGGAGACAUUUGUGGCAUGGAGAGAGAGAUAUGAGGCAGAGCUUGCACUUGAGCGAGCCAAGCUGAUGCCAGAGUCUGCUCUUACGGCUCCUAAGGAGAAGAAGCUUACAGGAAGACAGUGGUUCGAGAGUGGCAAAGCGAGAGGAACAGUGGUCACUGCUGAUCAAGAAUCGGAGGACGAAGAUGAUGAAGACAUUGACUUUGAAGACGAAGACUUUGAAGAUGAUGAAGAAGAUAUGCUUGAGCACUAUUUGGCGGAGAAAUCUGAUGCAAGGGCCUGAAGCUAGGGAGCCUUAUAUAAUGAUUGUUAAAGCUCUUUUCUGGAUAGAGAUCAUGAUGCAAGAGACUGACCAGCAUUCAAUCUCCAUAUCCACAGUUUUUUCCCAGCUUUGAUCUGCUCAAGAGUACCUGGAGACUUACAUUUGUCUUUAUCUUAUAAAAUCACCGUCUGUUCAUUUAUAAGAACAAAUUAUAAGAGAAUGCUACUGUUUUUGUAACUUCUUUUGUUUAGGAUCAGCGCAAAUCAGAUCAAAUCCUAAAAGACAAACAGUUGAAUCUUA